UGUUCCAUUCUCUAGUCCUGAGAGAGCAAACUAAAGAAGAGAACCAAUCAUUUUGAAAAUCAUCAAAGCAGUAGCUGAUCAACAAUUAAUAUGGGUUCCAUGAUGCUGCUUAAGAAGACCACUCUCCUCUUCCUCAUCAUUUCAUCUUCACUUCUAUCAACUUCAUUUGCAGGCCGACCACUGGUUCGGAGCUUGGCCAAGGAAAUGAAAGCAAAAGAUAAUCAUGGGGACGUGUCAGGUAUGGAGGAACUGCAGCACAAGGUGCAGGAAAGGAUUCUAAGAGCCAACACCAAAGACUACGGAAAUUAUGAUCCAGCCCCUGCAUCUGUGAAGCCUCCUUUCAAACUUAUACCCAACUGAUCAUCGUCCAUCGUCCAUCAUCCAUCUUUCAGCAUGUAUUGGCGACUCAUCUUAUAUAUAGAUACAUAUAUAUAUAGAUAUAUUAUAAACUGCAGUAUUAGUAGUACCCUUUACUCUAUAUAUAUGUGUGUGUGCAUGCGUGCGUGCGUGUGUAUAUAUAUGUGUGAUGUGUGUAUGGUAACCAUCGGAGAGGAUGAUAGAGUUUGGGAAAACCCUAGCUAGCUAGCUUUGUGGUUAAAUGGCUUUCCCAUAAUGAAGCAUAUAUGUACCAUAUAUAUAUAUAUAUAUAUAUAUCUGUGUGUGUGUGUGUAUCUCAGUUCUUUCUCUGCAUGCUACAAGAAUAUUAUGGGAUUAUUAUAUAAUAUAUGUUGCAGAUUUACUGUGUUA